AAAGGGCAAAGCGACCCCCUUAGUUAUCCUCUUUCUUCCUCCUCUCUCAAUUUCUCAAGCCCUAAAAAGAAAGGCCUCGCCCUCGUCUCGCCGCCUCGAUCCCUCUCGGUCUUGUUUAUGAGCUCGAAGGAGAAGCCCACUCUUGGUGGCACGCGGAUCAAGACCCGCAAACGGAAUAUAGCAGCUCCUUUGGACCCUUCAGCUUUUGCUGAUGCAGUGGUCCAAAUAUACCUGGAUAAUGCUGGUGAUUUGGAGCUUGUAGCUAAAAGCCUUGAAUCUUCAGAUCUGAACUUCUCGCGCUACGGUGACACCUUUUUCGAGGUUGUCUUCACUGGAGGCCGUACUCAACCAGGUACAACAAAGCCUGAUGAGGGGGAAAGGCACCCCUAUUCUGUUAUAGACUGUGAACCCAAGCGUGAAGCAAUUUUGCCAUCCGUUCUGUAUAUACAGAAAAUCCUGCGUCGGAGGCCAUUCUUAAUUAAGAACCUCGAAAAUGUUAUGCGUAAAUUCUUGCAGUCCUUGGAGCUCUUUGAGGAGAAUGAGAGAAAGAAGCUUGCUAUUUUCACAGCGCUUGCAUUCUCCCAGAAGCUAUCUGGGCUUCCACCAGAGACGGUCAUGCAGCCACUGCUCAAGGAUAAUCUUGUUGCCAAGGGGCUAGUCCUUACAUUUGUCACUGAUUUUUUCAGGGAAUAUUUGAUUGAUAACAGUUUAGAUGAUCUUAUAUCUCUUCUUAAGCGAGGGAAAAUGGAGGAUAAUCUCCUUGACUUCUUCCCGAGUGCAAAACGUUCUGCUGAAGGUUUCUCUGAGCAUUUCACCAAGGAGGGGCUGGUGGCUCUUGUUGAGUAUAACGAGAAGAAAAUGUUUGAGUCCAAGCUGAAGGAGAUGAAAUCAGCAUUGACAACCCAGAUUGCCGAAGAGACUGAUAUAACUGAAGUCAUAGAGACUGUUAAGCAACGGGUGAAAGAUACUAAAAUUCCUGAUAUUGAGGUAGUACGCAUUCUAUGGGAUGUGCUAAUGGAUGCAGUUCAAUGGUCUGGAAAGAAUCAGCAGCAGAAUGCAAAUUCUGCACUUCGCCAGGUGAAAACAUGGGCUGAACUUUUGAAUGCAUUUUGUACGAGUGGAAAACUUGAACUUGAGCUUAUGUACAAAGUCCAGAUCCAGUGCUAUGAGGAUGCAAAACUGAUGAAGUUAUUCCCAGAGAUUAUUAGGUCUUUGUAUGAUCAAGAUGUGCUUGCUGAGGAUACUAUUCUUCUUUGGUUCCGUAAAGGUGCAAAUCCCAAGGGCAGGCAAACUUUUGUGAAGGCGCUUGAGCCGUUUGUUAACUGGCUUGAGGAAGCCGAAGAGGAAGAAUAAAAAUAGAGGGAUGCAUCUGAUAUCAAGCUUGAAAAGACCUAUCAUCAUCUAUAUUGCUAUGCCUUGCUUGUGUGAUUCCUGUAGCAAGUAAAACAGAACUUUGUAGGCACCAAUAAAUUUCUUCACUGUAUUGUUUCUUUUUUGCCACACGCAUCAUGCUUAUGGAGCAUGACCGAUGCAUGGGGCUGGUUCUGGCGCAUCAUCACCAUUAGUAAAUCCCAGCUCGACGCCCACUUGAAUCUAUUACUGUGUGUGACAGUUUGUAGUUACUUUUAUGAAGUUAAAAGAAUGUGCUUUGCAGAAUGCUUUAUAUUGGUAGUUUUUCUUCGUUUCUUCUUCUGGUAUUGCAAUGUAGGGACGGGGUUCUUUUUUC